AUGAGGCAAUUCUACAAGGGAGGCUUCCUUCCCGAGAUGACCCGACGAGAGGCUGCACUCAUUCUAGGUAUCCGGGAAAGCGCGGCAGAGGCCAAGGUCAAAGAGGCGCAUCGCCGCAUCAUGAUCGCCAACCACCCCGAUGCCGGGGGCAGCAGCUACAUUGCCACCAAGGUCAAUGAGGCCAAGGAUAUGCUGGUGGGCAAGAAAAGGAGCGGCUCCAGCAUGUUUUGA